AUGAGGACGAUCAUGGCGAGGACUCCCCACGACUCGUCCGUGUCCUUCUCCAAGCGACACUUCCAGUGGAUCACGAAGAAGCCGGGGCCCGGCGGGAAGGCCGAGUCGAGGCCAGAAGAGGAGAAGCACGGCGAGGAGGAGGAAGAAGCCCAGGGCUUCGCGGCCGCCGCCGGCGACACCGUCGACGUGGGAAGCUUCAACGCCCCCACGAAGAAGAAGCACCCAGGUGCUGCAGCGGCUGUGGCUAUGUCCAGGUUCAGGGCCGCCUUCAUGUCCGCCAUUGCCAGCGGGAGGCUCCACCGCGGCGGCGCCGGCAACGGCCUCGGCACGCGGGUCACCGGCACUCUCUAUGGCCGGCGGCGCGGCCACGUCCACUUCGCCUUCCAAGGAAACCCUAGGUCCUCCCCAGUUCUCCUCAUCGAGCUCGCCACGCCAACCAGCGGCCUCGUCCGGGAGAUGGCCUCGGGGCUCGUCCGCAUCGCCCUUGAGUGCGAGAAGAAGCCCCACGGCGCCGCCUCGAGGCGCCUCCUUGAGGAGCCUCUGUGGCGGACCUUCUGCAACGGGAAGAAGUGCGGCUACGCCGUCCGCCGGGAAUGUGGACCCGCUGACUUGAAGGUUCUGAGCGCGGUGGAGCCGGUUUCCAUGGGCGCCGGCGUCCUCCCUGCUCCGGCGGGGGAGGGAGAAUCUGAGGGGGGGAUCAUGUACAUGAGGGCGAGGUUCGAGAGGGUGGUGGGUUCCAGAGACUCGGAGGCCUUUUACAUGAUGAACCCCGACGGUAACGGCGGCCCCGAGCUCAGCAUCUACCUUCUCAGAGUCUGA